AUGGUAUUUGCAUGUGCAUUCUUAAGUGAUGAAAGAAAUGAAUCGUUUGUUUUAAAGAAGAGCAUGCCUACAAACAACCCAAAGAUGAUUAUCAUUGUAAAGGCUAUAGCUAAGAGCUUACUGAAUACAUUUCAUAGGUAUUGUAGUUGGCACAUACUUGAUAAGUUUUCUAUAUAUUUAAAUGUAAUCACUUACAAGGAUUUUCACAAGGACUUCCAACGAUGCAUUUGGGAAUCAAAAUAUCCGGAAGAGUUUGAAAGGAAAUGGGUGACUAUCAUCGAAAAGGCAAACCUAUAUGACAAUGAUUGGUUAAAAUCAAUAUUUGAAAUACAUUUAAUAUGGGUGCCGGCAUAUGUUAAUCAUGUAUUCUCAGCUGGAAUGUCAAGUAGCCAACAUGCAGAGAGCUCUCAUACAUUUUUCAAGAAGUACGUUUCUAAGAAAAAUUUAUUGAUGGAUUUUAUCCUUCGAUUUAAUAGGGCAUCUGUACAUCAACAUCAUGAAAAGUUAGCUGUUGAUCAUGUUGAUAUUAAUGAGGAGCCUCUUUUGAAACUGCCAUUGGAAAUGGAAAAGCAAAUGGUUGAGAUUUACACCUACAAGAUUUUUUAUAAGUUUCAAGAUGAGUUGUGGCAUAGAUUAGUAACAAUGCCACAAAUUGUUAGUGAAAAUGAUACAUAUAAAAUUUAUAAAAAGUUUGAGAGUGAAGGAAUUCCAUAUAGACAUAUUUUGACAUUUUUGCAAUCAUUUGGUAAUGUUCCUUUUCCAAAUCAUAAACUAUUCAAACUUGCUUCAAAACUCCUUAAUAAAGCCAUAACAAACAAAGAGGCAGCUGUAAUUGUGAAUGAUGGUCUACAAAGUUUGCUUGAUAAGAUUAAAUCCGUAGUUGGUAGCACAAAGAGUGGAGGCAUUUCUGAAAAAUGUAGUAACAUUUAUGACACAACUUUGAAAGACCCAUCUCAAGUGAGGGCAAAUAGAUGUGGAAGAAGAUUAAAAAAGGGAAAAGAGAAGGCAACAAAUGCUGCUAAGUAUAGAGGUCGAUAUUGCAAUGGACGUGGAAAAAUUGGAUAA